GUUCAAAUUGCUUGAUGAGAACGUCUGCUUUUUGGCGACACGACUUUGGGCGUAUCUGCAUUUCUAGUGAGUAGGAUUGACGUAGGUGCAUUUCCAGCUGAUCCUGUUUAGAUUUAUAAAGAGAUAUCAUUAAGGGAAAAUAUUUGAAACUGGCAAAAAAAAAGUUAAAUUUCCUUCAGCUGGCCUGUUAAAGUCGUCAACGUUUUAACGUGUAGAAGAAUAUUUGAACUAAGUGAAUUAACGGGAGAUACUUUGAGACAACAUUUUGGAAUUUUCCAUCGACGAAGUGAAGGUCGCUACAGAUGUAAUUAAACGUAUAAAAGCGAGAUAAAUAAUUGUGCGAAUGACUUAAGGAGAUACAUGUACAUUGCCAUACUCGAAUACAAUGAGGAACUCAAUGUGUCUGGUGUUACUUGUCUUAACGGCGUGUCUUUUAAACUUUUGCAGAUCACAAUGCACGAAGCCGAGUGGUUUGGAUCCAUUCUUAACCACCACACCUGAUGGCCCCUAUGACGAGGAUCAGUUCAUUCUGAUCACGUGUACCAGCGGAAUACUUUCUGGAUCACCAGUCUCAUACUGUAUUGGAGGAGCCUUUACCAACCCAUUGGAAGAUCUCACGUGCGAUCUUGAAUGCGAGUCUCCUAUUACGGGUCAAGAAUCUAUUAACAUUGUUGGAGGAGAGAUGGCACCAUACUCGCACCAUGCUACUGUAACAUUAGAGUGUGCCACGAACUACGGAGAGCCUUUUGAAGGUGCAGAUACUACAGUAUGUAAUGAUGGAACAUGGGAACCAGACCCAAGCCAGAUAAAAUGCCAAGCUCCCUGUUCAGCACCAAUCGGGACGGAUCAAGAAGAUGAUAUAUACCUACAUGGUGUAACGGCUAGCCUGACGUGUAGCCUGAAUGAGGACGAAGCAACACUUGAAUGCGACGAUGGAGUUUGGUCUGAUACCACCUUCAGGUGUCCAGCUUGUUUGAAGCCCGAUGGUAUAGACCCUAAUAUAGUGCUGGAUUCAGGCAGUGUUGAGUUCUAUAACGGUGACUUCAUCAAUGUAGCAUGCGAAGAAGGUUCUUCGAUAAUAGGGAUUCCGUUCACAUAUUGUAUGUCAGACGGCUCGUUCCAGUACUCUCUAUCUGACGUCACAUGCAACUUGGACUGUGAUGAUCCUGCAAUAGACCAAGUGACAUUGCUGAACACGGGUGCAGUAUACACUCACAGUUCAAUUGCUAUGCUGUCCUGCGCUGAGGGGUAUGGUAGCUUACAAGGACCAGACGAACUGACAUGUAACAAUGGCACAUGGAGUCCUAACCCUAACUCAACUACAUGUGAAGUUUGGUGUCGAUCACCAUCCAAUGCCGAACCAGAAGGUUUAUAUGCCCCUGGAGAUAGUGAAACAUUCACCUGUCAGUACGGAGAUAGUACUCCACUUCUACUCACAUGCAACAUGGAAUAUGGAGAAUGGGACCAACUACUAGAAUGCUCUGAGCCACCAAUGACAACGGAUAUAGCGACAGAGAAGGCCUUUACAGAUGAUUUAUCUUCGGGAACCUUCAUGACCGAGAUCCAGGAUUUCUCAACCAAAACCGAUUUGCCUACAAUUGGUGGAACUGACACGUACAACACCGAAGUUACCUCACCAUGGACAGGAACAACGAUGGAGGAACUAACUUCAUCUACAGGAGCAUCUGAAACAACAAUCCCUUUGGAGACUGACAUAACCGGAGAGACCACAGAAUAUCUACAACCGGACCUUACUUCUGAAAUAGCGACACAUAUUAUUCUAACAGAGAUUACGGACAGGGUGACAGACAUGCCUACAGAAACUUUAACGGACGUUACUACUACUACAGGUUCCAUAGUUGACGUAACGGCUACUUCGACCGCACAAACUGAAGAUGUCACUGAACAAACUACUAGACUGGGUGCAUCUACAGGAAUGACCGAUAUGACAGACAUUCCUACAAAAGAUAUAACGGACGAUACUAUUAUUACAACAGGUUCCAUAGUUGACGUAACGGCUACUUCGACCGCAAAAACUGAAGAUGUCACUGAACAAACUACUGGACUGGGUGCAUCUACAGGAAUAACCGAUAUGACAGACAUGCUUACAGAAGAUAUAACGGACGAUACUAUUAUUACAACAGGUUCCAUAGUUGACGUAACGGCUACUUUGACCGCAACGGCUUUAGAAACUGAAGAUUUUAAUGAACAAACUACUGAACUGGGUGCAUCUACAGGAACGACCGAUAUUACAGACGUGCCUACAGAGAGUAUAACGGACGAUACUAUUACUACAACAGGGUCCACAGUUGACGUAACGGCUACUUCGACCGCAACGGCUUUAGAAACUGAAGAUUUUACUGAACAAACUACUGGACUAGGUGCAUCUACAGGAAUAACCGAUAUGACAGACAUUCCUACAGAAGAUAUAACGGACGAUACUAGUACUACAACAGAGUCCACGGCUACUUUGACAGCAACGGCUUUAACUGAAGAUUCCACCGAACAAACUACCGGGCUGGGUGCAUCUACAGAUAUGACUACCCAAACAGCUUCAGACAGUACAAUCCCACUGGAUACAGAGUCCACUACUGAUAUGAAGACAGAAGGUCCGAUUGAAAGGAGAUCAACGAGACUAAGCACAACUAGCCCCAUAGAGGAAGAUUCAACUGAAUUGGCAGUCACAUGGGUCAUUGAUGAAAUCAACGGCACACAAGCAGUUUACACAGACGAUUUAAAUGAUCCUAACAGCGAGGCAUAUCGAAAUCUCGUCGAGGCAUUAGAAAUGGCGAUCAGAGAUCUUCUCGUAGAACAGCUUGGGGAAACCUCCCUUGUUGAUAUCAGAAUAGAUGGCUUUUCCCCUGGAAGCAUCAUAGUGGAUUUCACUUUGAUCUUUAACACAAACUUUACUGGCAACGCUUCCAUUAUCCAAGCUCUUCUCAUCGAAGCUGUUACAGCAAGUGAUGGCUUUGUCAAUGGUACCCUAAGUCCUACUGUUCUUAGACUAAUUGCUGAGCUUAUAAGCGUGAUCGAUGUAACAUCCUCGACUGUAACAGCUACGGCAACAACCGAGGAACCUUUCACUUCAAUCAUCGAAAUUACUUCGACUACCAAUGAUAUGGUGACAGGUGUAUCGACGAUUGUUCCGACGACGGACAUGAUUACAGAAACUUCAAAAGAGGGCACUACAAGGACAGACUACACGGGGACGACUAGAACAACGGACGAAGCCUCUGUGGGUGUAACAACUGACCUUAAGUCGGAAGUACCUUCCACUCCACAGACAAUGUCAACUGCUGCCACAGAACCAGUUACAACCAACACCGACACAAGUACAGAACCACUUUCAAGCGGUAUGACUACAGAUCCAUCCUUAGUGACAGAUAACACGCCCUCUACGGAUGUAACAACUGAUCCUAUGACGGAUGCACCCUCGACCCCGCGGACAAUGUCAACUAAUGUUACAGAACCAGUUACACAAAUCACCAACACAGGUACAAAACCGGUUACAAGCGGUAUGACUACAGAUCCAUCCUUGGUGACAGAUAACACACCCUCUACGGAUGUAACAACUGAUCCUAUGACGGAUUCACCCUCCACUCCGCAAACAAUGUCAACUAUUGCUACAGAACCAGUUACACAAAACACUAACACAGGUACAGUCUCAGAUACAAGCAGUAUGACUACGGACCAUUCUACAGUGACAGAUGGAACGCCCUCUACGGAUGUAACGACUGAUCUUACGACGGAUGCACCAUCCACUCCACAGACAAUGUCAACUCCUGUCACAGAACCAGUGACAACCAACACUAACACCAACACAGGUACAGAACCGGUUACAAGCGGUAUGACUACAGAUCCAUCCUUGGUGACAGAUAACACGCCCUCUACGGAUGUAACAACUGAUCCUAUGACGGAUUCACCCUCCACUCCGCAGACAAUGUCAACUAUUGCUACAGAACCAGUUACACAAAACAUUAACACAGGUACAGUCCUGGAUACAAGCAGUAUGACUACGGACCAUUCUACAGUGACAGAUGGAACGCCCUCUACGGAUGUAACGACUGAUCUUACGACGGAUGCACCCUCCGACCCACAGACAAUUUCAACUUCUGCCACAGAACCAGUUACAACCAUCACCAAAACAUCUGAGAUGACCAAGCAGUCAACGACGGAUGGAAAGACGACAGCCGCAAAGACUACAAAUGCUGCGACAGAGCCACGCGCAACAGAACAGAGGAUCACUACAAGAGCUGCUACAACCGCAGGAACAGAGCCGUGUGAAAGCAAUACGUGUCCCUCACAAGAAUUCUGCUUUGGAUCCGUCUGUGAAUGUCUUACUGGAAAAGAAAGACAAGCCAAUGGAGAAUGUACAGAUGGCUGCCAGAACAUGUGUGACUUUGAAACAGAACUCUGUGAACAAAACGCCUGCACAUGUCGGCCGGGAAGAAGAACGGGCACGAAUGGACUUUGUUCAAACUUUGUAGAAUAUUCUGCAUCGUGGACCAUCGUGGAAGUAAACGGAACCGAUGCCAUUUUUACUGAAGAUCUCAACAAUCCCGACAGUGAAUCAUAUCAAAUACUGGCCCUAGCCAUUCAAAACGCUAUACGUGAACUCCUCAUUCAGAAGCUGAGUGGAGACAUUGGUGAAGGGACCCUAAUCGAUAUCCAGAUCAAUGGUUUCCGGGCAGGAAGCAUCAUUUCUGAUUUCAUUAUUAGUUUUACGAACGACCUGGUAUCUCAAGACCCAGAUAUGCUGCAGACUGUUAUGUAUGAUCAAAUCUUGGAUGACAGCUACUAUGCCAACGACACGUCUACAUCCACUGUGUUACUAAUGCUCGCGGAUCCAAGCGGUUUAACCGUAGGAGUUGUAGACAAUGCGGAGUGUGAAACUGCUGGCAUCUGUGGCGAGAACGCUGUAUGUGUGGAGACGAAUAAAUCUUCCGAAGACCCGGAUGGGUUUGUUUGCGGGUGCAUGGAGGGUUUCACCGAUGUGCUCCAAGGCCGUUUAACUAGCAGCCUAGACUGUAGAGAAGAAAUUGGAUCUACCGAAGAGCCUAAUUCUUCUGGAUUAGCUCCGUGGGAGGCAGUGGUCAUCGCCAUCAGCGUAUGCGCAGUAGCUGCCUUACUUUCCUUCUUCUGCUGUCUAGCUUACGUGAUGAUGGUCCAAAGAAGACGCUUUUACAAACAAAGAUUCCAGGACGACAUGCGGCCCGAUCCUAGACGUGGCGAGCGUCCACAUUCAUACAGUUUCGAUGACGAUGUCAUUAUGAGAAAUGUGAAUUACCAUGGUGAUGGAGUCUACCCUGAGGGCAGAGGAGGUGCUGAUGGUCCCAUGUUCUUCGCCAAGGUGAUCGAUGGGUCCGAAUCCAUCGAAUCUGACAUCGACUCGGUACUCGAUCCCCACAUCGAGAGAUACGGUCACUCUAUGCUGAGGAUGAGACAACCCCCAGGGCCCAACGUCCUACCAGAGACUGCACUGGUUCCCAUCUCCAGGGGUAACAGGAGAACCGAUGGGAGACAGGAAUACUCACCGGAUCUAUCGGGUAAAGGGCCUGCAAUCAUCUACAACGACUUGGCUAUGCAUUAAGUCCUCGAAUGUUGGUAGUGGAAUCUGACACACUUAAGCAACACGGAAAGCUUGUACGUCGUAAUUGCGCCGUGUGCAAUUACUGCACGUAAGGGGCGCCUUCCACAAAGUAUAUCUCAGUGAAAUCGGACGUAUACAAAAAAUAGGUCAGAUUAUGUUUGAAGCUCGGAAACGCUACUAAAUUUAAUGCGCUUUAUAAAUCUAUAACUGUUAUCCAGAUCAAGAACUGUUAUAUUUUCAAGAACUCCAGUUGCCUCCGACUGAAAAGAAUCAUCGUCAAAAUUAUGCCACUUAGACUUAGUAUUCGUAACCUAACUGCCCUCCAUGACUUCAAAGUUGCUCUAAAAACCCAUCUCCUUCUAAACAGUGCUAUUUAAUCAUGUCAACAUAGCGUUAUAAUUGGUGUGGUUUAAGUUUACUUUAUUUAUGUACAUGAGCGUCAGAGCCUGGCGGAUACCGGCGCUAUAUAAAUAUCCAUAUUAUUAUUAUUAUUAUUAUUAUUAUAAAGCUCAUAACAAUAUGAGUCCAGCUUAUAUUUUCCAUAAGAUCUCAUCUAAUAUUCCUGCACGAAGACUUAGAUCUGCAAACCAGCACUUCCUACUAAUACCUCAACAGCUCAACUUAAGUCCACUAUUACACGGCGUUGGGAGCAGCCGCCCCUAGCCUCUGGAAUUAUCUUCCGUCAGUCUUUAAUAUAACAAAACUUAAUAUUGUAGUCUCCUUUCUUAAAACUGACGUUAAAGUUUAUAUAAGUCUUUACAUUUGUAGUUAGGUUGUACCCUAUUAUAUUCAUGUAUUAACAGAUAAAUAUUAUAAGAAGUCAUGUAUAAUGUGUUUACUUGUUAAUUCUCCCAUAAUGAAUACGUUUUAUAGAAUUACCUGACUGAAAUGUUAAUUUAUUUUAUCAUAAGAAAACGUAGUGAUUAUCUUGAUGUAGUACAUUUUCAUUUUUGUUCCAUAUAGAAAUAAGGAAAGUAAGUUAAGAAUGUGUAUACAGUACUAUGGCUACAUUGUUAGCGGAUAAAGAGACUUCAAAAUAUUUUAUGUGCAAAUCACAAAUUAAUCUAAAGUAUGUUAAGAAAGACCAAUAAAUUAUCAAAUUUAGAUAAUUGAAAGAGAACAAUCCAUAACCAACGAAAUAUUAUGUAUAAUAUUUUAAUCAUCAACGUAAUAUAUCAAUGUUUCGACCGUUAUUUUGUUGUAUUAUUAUGAGCAAAAGAAAUAAAUAUCCAUGUCAAAUGUUCAUUGGACAAAUAAAUGAAUAAAAUGAAGUCAAUUACAAUUUAUAUGUGCUUUUUGGAUAUGAGGUUCACGAAACCCAAUUGCGUAUUGAUUAUACAGUGCGUCCCAGAAAAAAACGAAA